GUGGCCAGCGGGCGGGGGCUGAAGUCCCUCCCCGGGUGGCGGUGAGCGCAGGGCGGCCAGGCUGCUAAAGGCUCCGGCAGCCAGAGGGACGAUGGUGGAGGGCUGGUAAACAUGGCGGUGCUCUCCGCGGAUGGGAGGUACGGAUUAAACUGUAGCACAGAGAGCGCCGAGGGUGUCACCGUAUUACAUGUAAAACUAACGGAGACGGCACUGAGAUCCAUAGAGAGCUACCAAAACUGUAAGACUGUACCUUCUUUGCAGCCAACAAUACAAUUCAAUGGACUCCAAGGGCGCAUUAAAAUUCCCAAGACUGAUUCCUCCAACUGUCACCAUUUUGAUUUCUACCUGUCUAAUGUGGGUAAGGACAACCCUCAAGGAAGCUUUGAAUGCAUCCACCAGUAUGAAUCAAGUUCAGGGGCUUCAUGCCUGUCAUUGCUGGCAACUGUACAGGACAAAGUCACAGUGUGUGCCACUAGUGAUUCCUACCAGGUCACCCGGGAGCGUAUGACCCAGGCUGUGGAGGACACCCGUGAACGUGGGACCAAAGUCAUAAAGCCUGGUAGCCAGUACAGAGGAAAACAAGUCCAUGUCCGUAAGCCGUCACUAUCAGCUAUGGAGGUGGUCCCAGAACGUAAGCGCUCCACACCAAUCAACCCAGCCAACACUAUACGCAAGUGCCUUGCCAGCAACCCUGUGUCCCAGCGACCAUUGCGAGACCGCAUUAUCCACCUGCUGGCACUCAGGUCCUACAAAAAGCUGGAAGUGCUUGCCCGUUUGCAGCGGGAUGGGAUCAAUCAAAAAGACCGUAGCUCUUUGGGGACAACUCUACAACAGGUGGCAAAUCUGAACCCCAAAGAUAACACAUUUAUGUUGAAGGACUUCAUUUACCGUGAUGUACAGCGAGACUGGCCUGGCUACUCUGAAGAUGAGAAGGUCCAAGUUGAUCGGAUCCUCAUUCGGAAAUUAGGUCCCUCUGCAGGGUCUGUCUCAUCCAGCAGCUCUCCCAAAGACAGUGUCCCUGCUUCUCCUCAGAAGCACCAGCUGGAGUUUGACUUUAUUGACCCUUUGGCACCCAAGAAAACCCGCAUCUCCCAUCUUAGCAGCCGAGGGCCAGGUGCAUCUUUGUCAUCGUCCUCAUCUGAUCGCCGUGAUGAUGAAGGCAGUACCAGUGAUAAACGUUCAUCCUUACCCUCCAUCACUUCAGGUCCUCUCUCUCACCCCCCUGUCUCUUCCCACGCUCCAGCACCUUCUCACCAGCAGCCCAGCCCAGCCUCCAGCUCCAAUUCACCCAGCACCCCAGAGGGCUGUGGCACCCAGGACCUGCCCAUGGACCAGGGAUCCUCUUGCAUGGAUCCUUCACCCAGCCCUUUCAGGUCCAACGGGUCCUUGCAGAGCCAUGUUCGCCAUUCAGUUCCCAGGCCAGUCACUUGUAACAGCCCUCCACCGAACGCCUCAGUCAUUGUUACUUCAACUGUCAAAAGAACCAGUUCUUCCGUAACUAGCUCUACUAACAAGAAGUUCAAGAAGAAAACCAAGAAGCAUAAAGAAAAGGAUAGAGAGAAAGAGACUAAGGAUGGCUGCAGUACUUCUUCCAGUGUAGCAAAGCAGGAAGGAAAGAGUCACAUUCACCAAAAAAAAAGCUGUGCUGUGGAAGACCAUGCAGAGGAUACUGGCAAGAACGCUCACACAGAUCAAGACUCUUCAGACAAACCAGUCCAGUCUUCAGACUUACCUAUCACCAUGGACUUGCCUGACUAUGUAUCGAAGUACACGCCUUUGGUGUCCAUGGACCAGCGACAAUGCUACAAGAAUGACUUCAAUGCAGAGUAUGAGGAAUACCGCCAGCUGCAUGCCCGCAUAGAGAGCAUCACCCGCCGCUUUACCCAGCUUGAUGCACAGUGCCGCAAACUGACACCUGGCACAAAAGAGCACCAGAAAGCACAAGAGGAAGUCUUGAAAGAGUACAACAUGAUGAAUCAACAUACCCCCAACUACCAUGAGGCCAAGCAGCGCUGCGAGUACCUGCACAACAAGUUGGCCCACAUCAAGCGGCUGAUAGCUGAUUUUGACCUGCGCAGAGCAAAGGCUUGGUCCUGAGGGUGCAGUGCCGCCCACCUCACAAAUCAGUAUUGAGAAGUCUCAAACCAGGAGGAGAUGCCUAACUGGAUCUCAUUUGUUGUUGCUUCUUCUCCACAGCAACCCCACUCCUGCUUUCCUUUUCUCAGGCAUCCUUCUUCGUAGCUUCUUUUCUAACCUUUGAUUCCACAGGCUCUGUUCUUGCCUGCACUCUUUAAAGCCUCACACUUACUUUAACCUCGUGUUUUUUUUUUUUGUUUUUUCUUCCACCCCUUUUUUUUUCCCCCUGAAUGAGCUCCAGCAGAUUUCCAUUCCACUGGACCAGCGGAAAGUGCAACAUGCAUGGAUUUAGGGAAAAACUUAUUCUUCUGAGUUAACUUUUGAAAAACUUUUAUCUUGAGGCAAAAACAGAACAAAAGUAUAUUUGAGCACCAGAGGAAAUAUUAACAUGUAUUUAAGAAAAAAAGAGGGAAAUCUAUUUAUUUUAGGGCUCAUAGUGCAAAAAAGAAGAGUCCACAGAUGAUUUAUGGUUCAACUCCUGUUCAUGCAAAAACAAAGUACCGUGGGCCUUAUGUGUGCGACUGGCAGGCAUUGUGUCAUCAGCACCAGUGGCUCUUUUGUCUCAGUUCCUUUAUUUUUCCACAUUUGCUGCAAAACUAGAAGAUAACUUUGCAUGGACACAUUGCGGUCACGCUGAUGCUGAUACUGAAACAAAGGGAAAAAAAAUGCACAGUAAAAAUCAACUGUGAUGCAGCAACAGUAUGUGUGCUCAGAUUGUAAAAUUUGUUUGUUCCAUGAGCUGAGGAGAAUAGUCCUUUAUCGUGGCCCCUGUCAUGGGGCCAGUAUUCCUACACAAACAGUGUUUCAGGGCUACGGUGCAUUAUAGGUGCCUUAAGGUGCUUACACACGAAAAAAGAUGAGCUAGGCCAGUCUACAGACUACACAAAGAACUAUAACUGCCUGGAAACAGGCUGUGUGUGCGCGUGUGUGCGUGGUAGCGCAAUAGGAUGGGAAUGUUGUGUGUGAUCUAAGUGCUAAACAAAAAUGUAUGUGCACACGUAUGGUUAAUGAGAGUAAGAGGAGGAAUAAAACAGUAAAGUGUUUAUUAAAAAAAAAAAGUGAUAAAUGUGAAAAACUUAAGAAAAAACAAAAAAGCUGCUACUGUGUUUGACCAGUGACAGUAUGCAAGAAUGCUGCUGGCUGGAGUAACGGAACAUGAUCUUAAAAGGGGGAGUGGGUGUUUAGUUUCCAGAAUUCAUCUCUAGGCUCUGGAACAGAGUGCACCUUCCCCUUUAGCUUUAUCCAAUGGACACCCCCCCCCCCCCCCCCCCCCACACACCUUGCUUUUGGAAGAGGCACAAAAGUAGGAGGAAAAAAAAAAAUCAUGCAUAAGAGGAUGACUGUAUUACGAUGUCAUUUUAAUUUUUUUCUGUUUUGAGUUGAAGAUUUCAGUAGAGCCUCUUUGUUUGUUUUUUUGUUUUUUUUCUCUCGUUAUCAACAAAUCAUGUUGAUGGAUGAAUUGGUUAUAUGAAAAUUGAGAAUUGAGUCUAUAUUUUCAACAAGCGAAAUGUUGAAAGUUUUCCAAUAAAAUUUAUUGCUAGCCCAGUGAGUAUGAAACAUUGAGACUGGAAUAUGUUUAAUUCCUUAAGAUUUAAUAAAAUAUUUUGGGAAGAUCUACUGUGUCCCUGGAAAAUGAACCUAGUCAGCACUUUGUCAGCAGCCUGACCUUCAUUUUUGUGCACACACAAAAGUGUGUUCUGUAUUGAAACAUUUCUUUUUUUAGUGAUGAUUGAGCAGUUGUCGUUCUCUCAAACAGCCCGUCUCUGCAGUGGACUGGCUGUUUUGUUUGUCUGUCAAAAUCAACAUACUUGCACAAGCUUCUCCAUUCAGUCAUCAUACUGCUUUAGUCAGCGAGAAGCUCUGUUCUGAGUUACUUUAAGUUAUUGUAUAGACAAAAUCAGCACUUGUGCCUUUGUGUCCUAAGGUCACAACACAUCCACAAGAGGUCAGGCUUAAUCUGGAUUACCAUUGCAGACAAUGUAGGCUUCAUAUUUUAGUUUAGUUUUCUUUGUUUCUACUGCAAUGGUCAUUUCUUCAAGGGUGUGUCAACACAGAUUAGAUGGUAAAGUGACAUGAGGCGGCAUUUGAAUUACUCUUUGUGAAGAGAUGACAUUUAAAAUUGGCCCAAUGUCAGUUUUGAAAUGUGAAACUAGUGAAAUCUAAUCCUGCCCAGAUGAAAAUGUCAUUUCAAUAAAAGGUUUUAUCUGGAAAA